GACAGGCAGUCGAGUGGAGGAUAGCGGAGAGACGAGAGGCGUCUGUUAUUAAGAUAAGCCGCGAACGAGUGUUUCUGAUGAAUCGGCAUCGGGAUCGAACACAGAGGUAAUUCGUAUCGACGCGGGACGUUGGAAAAUACAAUUAGUGCGCCGCUUAUGUUAUACUCUGGGAUAAGUGCGGAGCCCCCGAUGGAGGUGUAUUACCCGUGCUACCUGUUUUGUCACUCUACACUCCGGCACGUGUGACGGGGGGAUGUAUCGUACGGCCACUAUCUUCGAUGCAUCGGUGUGGUUUAGUGUAAGAUGACUUCUGUUAUCGACGCAGAAUGAAGGGACAAGUUAAUAUAUGGAUCGCUUUUUGUUACCUACUUACGAUCCGGUAUUGUCUGGAUGCCUAUCGAGGCGAGAAAGAAGUGUAUGUCAGAGCCGGCAACAAUGCAACUCUGCCUUGCACCGCGGCGGGGAACGCGGAGGUGGUCGGACGACUAGAAUGGUGGAAGGAAUACAAGAAGAUAGUGGAACUUCGAGAGGACAGAAGGACCGUGUGGGAAGCCGAACCUCACGUUUCGCUCCUCCAGGACAGUUACGCUCUGUACCUGCAACCGGUGAUCUACGAGGACAGCGGAGAAUACCGGUGCGUUGUCGACGGACGCAGGAAUAACGACGGAACCGUGCGUCUUUUCGUGCAAGACGUGCCCGACCCUCCCGGAAUGCCGCUGAUCAUGAGUUUUACCUCGCGAUCGGUCAAUCUUUCGUGGGCGCCCAGCAUCGACACCCAUUACAGUCCCAUCGUGCACUACGUCGUCCACGUCAGGGUCGGAGAGAAGGGAGAAUGGGACCUGUUCAACGGUAUCGUUACGGGCGAUAAUCAAACGAACUAUCAGGUGAUCGGAUUGCAACCGUAUACGGUUUAUUCCUUUCGAGUGUUAGCCGUCAAUUCCAUAGGAGAAAGUCAGCCCAGCAAAGAAUCUUAUUAUAUGGUGACGCUGAGAGAAGUACCCGACGGUAAGCCUACCAUCAUAGGGGCUCAUAAUACUAGUAGUUCCACUAUUCGAAUCCAGUGGGCGCCACCACCUAGGCAUUCCAUCCACGGGGAGUUCUUGGGAUACAAGAUCUCUUAUCGUCCCAGAGACCGACCCGAAGAAAAAACAAUCAUUCUUCGAGAUCCGUCUGCUAGGCAAUAUACCUUCAGAAAUUUGGAAACUUUCACUCAGUAUUUGGUAUCUGUUCAAGUAUUUAACCCUGCUGGUCAGGGACCAGCUGCUACUGUAGCAGUCAUGACAGAUGAAGGACAUCCCACAAAACCAAGAAAUAUAACAGGAAUAUUGAUAACUGACAAUUCUUUAAGAAUUCGUUGGGAAGAACCAGAAUCUCCUAAUGGUGUUAUACAAGGAUAUCGUAUAUAUGUUCUUCACGUAAAUCAAAAUUUUACAGAUGUACAUAAAGUUUUGAAUCCGCAACCAGUUAUGGAAUAUUUAAUUCAGAAUCUCAAGCCUUAUACUGUUUAUAAGAUUAUAGUAAAAGCAUUUACAGGAAAAUAUGAAGGUGAUCCAAGCAAUACAUUGGAAAUUAGAACAGAUGUUCAAGGUCCAAGUGCACCUUACAUAGUGAACCUCACUUGUCAAUCUUUGGAUACUUUGUUUCUUCAGUGGGAACGUCCACACACUGUAUUUAAUAGAAUUGAUUAUUAUUUUGUUUACUAUCGAUCCGAGAAGAGUUGGAAAUUUGAAGAGAUCACGAUGGCUUCGACACACGACAAACCCGACCAUGCGGUACUGAUACCUAACUUAACGGCUAAUGCAAUGUAUGAAGUAAAAGUGAGAGGAGCUACUCGUAGUAUUGUGGAACAAAAUAAAUUAUAUAAAGGCCCCUUUUCGGAAUCUCGUAAAGUUCUCCUUCAAAGUUAUACUGCUCCUUACGAAGAAGUUGGGAUAAGUGCUGGAUUGAUUGCUGGAAUUGUUUGCGUGUCAUUUGCUCUCCUCCUCGCUAUAAUUUCUUUUAUUUUAUGGAGAAAGUAUUUCCAAGCUGCAUAUUACUACUUAGAUGAUCCUCCUGGCAAUCGUAUUUCUCCUCCUCUGUCUGAAACUUUUGAUGAGUCUGAAUAUGCUUCUAUUCCUGUUCACCAAUGGGCUAAGCAUGUUUCCAAUCUUCAUGCUGAUGGAGAUAUAGGAUUUGCUAAAGAAUAUGAAGCAAUCCAGCAGUCAUCUGACUUAGAUCUUUCAGCUGAACAUUCCCAAAUGGCAGAGAAUAAAAGCAAAAAUAGAUAUGUUAAUAUUGUAGCAUACGAUCAUACCAGAGUUAGCCUGAAACCUCUUCCCGGCCAAAAGAAGUCAGAUUAUAUUAAUGCAAAUUACAUCGACGGAUACGGAAAAUCCAGAGCGUACAUCGGAACUCAGGGUCCUCUGCCUUGUACGUUCGACGACUAUUGGAGAAUGGUGUGGGAACAGCGAGUGUUCGUCAUCGUCAUGAUCACCAACCUGAUGGAGAGGGGACGCUUAUUCAAUGGGCACAAAUUUUGGUCUUUUGCAUGCCAGCACGAAACUAGCACCUCUGAUUUGGACGACAGUCGCAAGUGCGACAUGUACUGGCCCAAGGAAGGAGUGGAGACUUACGGAAUAGUACAGGUGAAACUGGUGCGGGAAGUGACCAUGGCCACCUACACCGUUCGCACCUUCCUGGUCAGAAACGUCAAGAUUAAAAAGAAAACGGCGGCGGAGAGGACCGUCCGCCAGUACCACUACACCAAUUGGCCCGACCACGGCGUUCCCGAACAUCCUCUGCCCGUCUUGAGUUUCGUCUGCAAGUCGUCGGCCGCCAACCCGCCCGACGCCGGACCCAUCAUCGUGCACUGCAGCGCCGGAGUGGGACGGACCGGAACUUACAUAGUGUUGGACGCCAUGCUGCAGCAAAUAAAACACCGGCGGAGCGUAAACGUCUUCGGCUUCUUGAAGCACAUAAGACGCCAGCGGAACUUCCUGGUUCAGACGGAAGAGCAAUACGUUUUCAUUCACGACGCCCUGCUGGAAGCCAUCGACAGCGGCCAGACCGAGCUGAAGAGAGAGGACCUGCCGGCGCGUCUCCGACUUUCCGACGACGACGCGGACGAAAAGGGAUUGCGACCGGCUCUGGAGAACCAAUUCGAGCUGGUGACGACGUUUCGAGCCCGAGACUUUCAAACCGCGUCGGCGUACAAACCGUGCAACAAGAUGAAGAAUCGCCUGCCCAAUCUGGUUCCCGUCGAGUCUCAGAGAGUCCACAUCGUGGCCAAACCGGGCGUCGAAGGCUCCGAUUACAUCAACGCCAGCUUUCUACCGGGUUUCGAUAAACUGCGGGAAUUCAUAAUAACUCAACACCCUCUACGCGAAACCGUGGCCGACUUUUGGCAGAUGGUGUGGGACCACAAUUCGCAGACCGUGGUCGUGCUGUCCUACGUGGACGAAAAGGAAUAUCCGUGCUUUUGGCCGGAAUCGGAGGAGUACGACUACGGCAGUUUCAAAGUGAAGACGACGGAAGAGUCGGCGCAGGGCAACGUGGCCACGCACGAUUUCGUCAUCCAAUCGACCCAGGACGAUUACGAGGUGACGUGCCGCAUCAUCCGCUGUCCCGGCUGGCCCGAAUCCUGUUCCCCCGUCAGUUCGGUAUUCGACCUGGUGCACGUGGUGCAAGAGUGGCAUCUGGAAUAUCAGAACGGACCGAUAAUAGUCGUCGACAGGUUCGGCGGAACGGAAGCGGCCAAAUUUUGCUGUCUGACCACCAUCCGCAAGCAGCUGGAACGCGAAAACUGCGUGGACGUUUACAUGUACUCCAAGCUGUACCACAUGAGAAGGCCCGGAAUCUGGCAGACUCAGGAGGACUACGUCUUCUUUUACCGAGCCUUGGAAAGCCUGUUUCCGGCAUCGGCCGCGGGCGAGGGAACCGUGGCCAACGGACACGUUAACACUAACGGUCACGCAACGAAGACGGCCCCUUCUUCGAAAGAAGAGACGGCGGCGUAGUGGCGCCCCGCACUUUAGUCGAAUCACCGUCCGUUUAGAUCGAAACUGCCAUUUUUAUUCGGAAGGAAGUACGGAUGCAAAACGGCCGUCGUCGAGUAAAUAUGCAAGCCGACUUUUUAUUUUCCAUCGGUGCAGACUCGCGUAGCCGCUUGCCAGCAGAACCUCCUCCGGUGUCGUUUCGCUUGUAGCAGUGUCUGUCGUCCGAGAAACGUAGAGUAGUUAUUUUAAAAUGGAUGUUAGCUACGUUGUUGACUCGCCGUGCGAUAUCCAAAAUGUUGCCGAGUAUUUUUUGCCUACGGUUAAUGUUUGUAAAAUACUGGCGAUAAUCAAAACAGAGAAAAAA